AAUUCUUAAAGAACUAUUAUAUUUUCAUGGUAGCCUAGGGUGGGUUGGCUAAUAUUUUGUGAUUGGUGACAGGUUUCAUUUCUCUGAAACACUCUAGGCCUACUAUUGAUUUGGUGCGGGUUCGUAGGCUAUCCAUUAAACCGGCACAGAAAUAAGACUUGGAAUUAUCUUAUUUGCAUAGCUGUAGUAGAUUUCGUGAAGUCUAGUGACAUCGCGUUUUUUAAUGGCUUCAGUAGUAGCUGCAUUGAGUUUGGAGCAAGAGACGCAUUUGUUGAAGCUCCUUCCCGAACCUGCCCAACUUCACCUGCUCUACAAGGGAAGCCACCAUGGGUUCUACAUGCAUACGUUGAGAUCUAAAUUUGACAAAGAAGGAAGAUUCGUUGUAAUAGUGUAUUUCACAUCUGGGGAUGUAAAGGGGGGUUACCUGAGUAAAUCGUCUGAUGAGAGUAAGGACCAAGACGCAUUUGCCUUCGAAAUAAACCAUCAAGAAGUAACACACUUCCCUGUUCUGGAUGACUCUAAGGCGACGCAUUUUUCAACCUCUAUGUCAAAUGGUUGCUUGAAGUUUGGGGAUUGUCUAAAGUUGUACACCGAGAAUAGAUCCAUUUGUGUGGAAUCGUGGGAUAUUAUGUAUCACCGGGAUAGUUGGUCGGAGCCGGUGUACCUGGAUGUUGAGCUGUAUCGAGUUGGAAGUGCACGGAGGGAGCUGCCAUGGACUGAGGAAGGGAGGGGGUCACUGAGGAAGAAUCUGGUCUCCUUCAAACCGGCCUGCCGGUCUUUAAACCGGGUCAGAGUUCUGCUGAUGGGUCCUGCUGGGUCAGGAAAAUCCAGCUUCAUCAACUCUGUCAGAUCUGUGAUGUUCGGAAGAAUCCUUCUCCUGCCUUUUAUUGGCACUGCAACAAAGGGCUUCAUCAAGAAGCUGAAGUCGUAUGACAUCCGGUCAGAGAGAGGGGGGAAGCCCACAGCUCUGACCCUUUGUGAUGUGUUGGCUCUGGGGGACGGCGAGAGGACUGGCCUGACUCUCACAGACGCACUGACUGUUAUCAAGGGAUAUGCCCCCGAGGGACAUGAUUUUCAAGGUGAAGCGCCCAUCAAAGCUGAGACUCCAGGUUACAGACCUGUUCCAUCGAUAAAUGACCAAAUCCAUUGUGCGGUGUUCGUUCUGAAUGCCUGCCAAAUCAUGUACACCAGUGAUGACCUUACAGAGACACUGAGGACACUUCAAGCUGAGAUUGCAGACCUGGACAUCCCCCAGGUGGUUCUGUUGACCCAUGUGGACCAGGUGUGUCAUGCCGUCCGAGAGGAUGUGAAGUUUGUCUACUCCAGCCGCAUCCUACAGGAGAAGAUGCAGAAGGCAGCAGAGGUGGUGGGUUUGCCAGUGUCCUAUGUGCUUCCAGUUAAGAACUAUUCCAGUGAGUUGUCUGUGAGCUGCAACACUGACAUCCUGCUGCUGAGUGCAGUACAUCACAUUCUCCAAGCUGUGGACGAUACAUAUGAGGAAAACCACCCUCCCACCACUGCAGACGCAUCUGCAGAACCUCCAUCUGCAGAAUUUCACCAUUGGUGAGAAAUCAUGUGCAGUUGUUUAUUGUGAUUGGAUAAUGUUUUCUUUGUUUUCUUUUGGGUGUAAUUUUUUUCUCUCUAGAUGUUGGAACCUACCUAUGUUUAUUAGGUUUAAAAAUAACAAGUUAAUUCAAGUGAGACAAAGUAUAUUGUUGUACAAUAAACCAAUGAGAAGAUGACAA